AUGCGCGAGAUUGUUCAUAUUCAGGCCGGUCAGUGUGGUAACCAGAUUGGUGCCAAGUUUUGGGAAGUAAUCUCUGACGAGCAUGGAAUCGACCCAACGGGGACUUAUCAUGGAGACUCCGAUCUGCAAUUGGAACGCAUCAAUGUUUAUUAUAAUGAAGCCUCUGGUGGAAAAUAUGUUCCCAGAGCUAUUCUGGUUGAUCUUGAGCCUGGGACCAUGGAUAGCGUUCGUGCGGGUCCUUUUGGUCAGAUUUUCCGGCCAGAUAAUUUUGUUUUCGGUCAGAGUGGCGCUGGCAACAACUGGGCAAAGGGUCACUACACGGAGGGAGCCGAACUCGUCGACUCUGUUCUCGAUGUGAUUCGUAAGGAAGCUGAGUCCUGCGAUUGCCUCCAGGGCUUCCAGCUCACCCACUCUCUCGGUGGUGGCACGGGUUCUGGUAUGGGUACUCUCCUCAUUUCCAAGAUUCGUGAAGAGUAUCCUGACCGCAUUAUGGUGACAUACUCCGUGGUUCCCUCUCCUAAGGUCUCUGAUACCGUUGUGGAACCUUACAAUGCUACGCUUUCCGUACACCAACUCGUUGAAAAUACGGAUGAGACCUACUGUAUCGACAACGAAGCGCUAUACGAUAUCUGCUUCCGUACCCUCAAGUUGUCGAACCCGACCUACGGUGAUCUGAACCAUCUCGUCAGUGCCACUAUGUCUGGUGUUACUACAUGCUUGCGCUUUCCUGGACAGCUUAACGCUGAUCUUCGUAAACUGGCAGUUAAUAUGGUUCCAUUCCCGCGCCUGCACUUCUUUAUGCCCGGUUUCGCCCCCUUAACCAGUCGUGGUAGUCAGCAGUAUAGGGCCCUCUCCGUUCCUGAACUGACCCAGCAAAUGUUCGAUGCGAAGAAUAUGAUGGCUGCUUGUGAUCCUCGCCAUGGUCGCUAUCUCACCGUCGCCGCCAUCUUUCGCGGCAGAAUGUCCAUGAAGGAGGUUGACGAGCAAAUGCUGAACGUGCAAAAUAAGAAUUCCAGCUACUUUGUCGAGUGGAUCCCAAACAAUGUCAAGACUGCUGUCUGCGAUAUUCCUCCGCGCGGUCUCAGGAUGUCCGCCACAUUCGUGGGCAAUAGUACCGCCAUACAGGAGCUGUUUAGACGUGUCAGCGAACAAUUUACCGCUAUGUUCCGCCGCAAGGCCUUCCUCCAUUGGUAUACUGGCGAGGGUAUGGACGAAAUGGAAUUCACUGAGGCUGAAUCUAACAUGAACGACUUGGUGAGCGAGUAUCAGCAGUAUCAGGACGCCACUGCUGAGGAUGAAGGGGAAUUCGAUGAGGAUGAGGAGGUUGAGGAAGCUCCAGCGUGUAUUGGUGUGAGGGUGUGCCUGCAUGUCGGGGGCUGGGUCUCUAGUGUGGCCGCUGACGUGUCCCUUGAUACGGCGCUGCGUAACAUCAACGUGCGCGCUUCCGUAAGACCCAUUUGCCCUCUGAUGAGUCAUCCACACACACAGAUGCAGGAACGGCGUGGGCGAACAAAUCUCCUGCCAACGUACGCAUGCGGUAGCACGUGCGCACAAAUGCAAUCGAUGGGCCAUACAUGUGCGUAUGUAUAUGCCUGCACGCAUCUCAACUGUGCGUGCGCCUAUCCGUCCAAAACCACUACUACUAAGGCAUCCGCUACCACACGAUCGAUUGGCUGGCUGGGCUGUUGGCGUCACAACUUGGCCUCCUGCUGGUUGCAUUGGUGGCUGAGUAAUAAACGAUGCGAGAGGGCGGAGGACACGAGCAAUGGACCAAUGGCACGCGGUCUGCUUACGGAGUGCGUAAGUUCCUUUCAGGAUAAAGUUCUCUCACAUACCUCCAUCUCUGACCUGCGAAAUGGUCGAACCAGUGUGACGGUGGGUGACAAGAGCACCGGUCAACCACCUCCCAUCAAGAGGAAGGAAAUGACGUGUCCACUGCCCCCAUGGCAGUUCACUCCUUCACUUAUCUUCUCCGAUAUUGAUCCUUAA